UGAUUUUCAACAUUAUUUAAUUUAAUUUUUAUUAACUUAGCCCAUGAAAAAAGAUCGAACGUAUUUCCAAAAAAGAUUUUACCAAGGCAGUAACUAACAGUAACACGUUCAGUUUAACAAGGCGGCCGUUUUAGCCAACUGGAGAACCGACAUGCAUGAUAAUUCUACACCACUAGCUCAGCUCCUCUGUGAGCAGCUCGUGUACUAGCAAUGGCCGCCGGCGGCUCCUCAACGACUACCUGGCUUCUGAGAGGAGCAUUUCAAGCUUUAGCACUAUCUCACCCUCUUCGCAGAACCACCAUUGUCUCUUUCUAUGGAACUUCUCGCUCUCUUCCUCUUAUCGCUCCUAUGAGAAACUCAGCCUUGGGGAUAUGUCACUUGGCACAAGCCAUGAAGGGGCAAGUUAAUGAUUUACUCAAGGGUGUGGGAGACAGAAGUGUCAAUGAAGAAGUGAAGUUUAUUGUCGACAUGGCUAGAAGGGCAUCAUCAAGAAGAGAAGUUCUCCAUACAGAUUUUCUCACCCCACCAACAUUGAAGGAUUCAAUGCUUCAAUUAGAAAAACUAACUGACAUUAAAGCAGUUGCUCAGGGAGGAUAUCCACAGGCUGAACGUUGCCGGCUUUCUGUUGGACAUGCAGAAGUGCUGACGAAUGAUCCAGAUAUAAUUGCAGCAUUGAGUGUGACAGGGAACUUUUCAUUCCAACCCUGUUCUCAUGGUGACUUCCUUGGUGCAAUUCUAGGUACAGGGAUCUCCAGGGAAAAGGUUGGGGAUAUUAUCUUGCAGGGAGAGAAAGGGGCUCAAAUCCUUCUUGUUCCAGAACUUGUUGACUUUAUUAUGUCGUCACUGGACAAGGUUGGUAAUGUUUCAGUUUCUUGUGCAAGAAUACCAUUGCUUGCUCUUGAAUAUGAACCUCCAAGGACUAAGACAUUUAAAACCAUUGAAACAUCACUUAGGGUUGAUGCCCUAGCUAGUGCAGGAUUCAAGAUUUCACGGUCAAAACUAGUUGAUUUGAUUAGUAACAGGGAUGUGCGCGUGAAUUGGACUACCAUCACAAAAAAUAAUACUACACUGAAAACUGGUGAUAUUGUUUCAGUUAGUGGAAAAGGAAGACUUAAGAUAGGAGAAAUAAAUUCUACAAAGAAAGGAAAGUUUGCAGUUGAGCUCAUUCGUUAUCUGUGAGCACCAGCAUGUGGUGCAGAGCUUUCCAAAGCUGCACUUGUUACCACAGUGGCCACAGUUGUUUUCAUCUCCUAGAACAUUCCUGCAAUGCGUCUUGCAGCACUGCAACAAGCUUGUGCCAUUGUUCGCAGAGACUCCAUUACAUAUGUUGUAAGUACUGGGAUUGCAAUGUGCACCUUUUUUUAUUACCCUGGCUAAGAACCUGCUUCUUGACCUGAGAUUGGGUAGAGGAGUGUCCAGAACAUACUCUUCAUCGUCUUCGAUAUCGGUGGAUAGAGAUUUCUGAGUAUGCAGGAUCAGUAGUACAAAGAUUGAGAGAAUGGUAGUGAGCUUGAGUAGAGAAGGAGCCAUUCUCUAUCUUUCCCUGAAAUAGGAAAUUUGUCUACGGAAGUGUAAAGUAAGGGAGGUGCAAGGAGGGUAUUUUAAACUGAAAGUUUGUGAAGAAAUUAUUCCAUGAUCCAAGGGAAAAUGAAAAGCUUGCUGCCUCUAAAGUUUUAAUUAA